GAACCGCCCGAACGGCUCUCCCUGCCCCGCCCUGCACAGCCUCGUAAACCGUUACCGAAUUAAGCGCACGUCGCCCAACAAGUCAAAUCCUCCCGUUUGGCCGUUCCGCCGCGUUUCCGCAUUCACGGACUAGCGCUCGCUCCUCUCACCAGUUCCAGAGACGAACGCGAGAGAGCAUUGCCUCUGAGGAGCGUGGAUCGAUCCAUGGGCGCGUCGGGGAAGUGGAUCAAGACGCUGGUCGGGCUCAAGCCGGCGGCGGACAAGGAGAGGCACGCCGGGGGGAAGGGCCGGAAGUGGAGCCGCCUGUGGCGGAGCUCGUCGGGCGGGCAGAGGGCUGCCGCGUCGGCGGCCGCCUCGGAGGUCUCCGAGACGUCCUCCGCCGCCGCCGACGCGCUCAGCUCCGUCGUCGCGGCCGUGGUGCGCGCGCCGCCCAAGGACUUCCGCGUCAUCAGGCAGGAGUGGGCGGCCGUCCGCAUCCAGACCGCCUUCCGCGGCUUCCUGGCCAGGAGGGCGCUGAGGGCGCUCCGGGGGAUCGUGCGGCUGCAGGCGCUGGUGCGCGGCCGCCGUGUGCGCAAGCAGCUGGCCGUCACGGUCAAGUGCAUGCAAGCGCUCGUCAGGGUGCUAGCGCGGGCGAGGGACCGGCGCACGCGGCUCUCGGCUGACGGCCGAGACUCGCAGGAUACGCUCGACGACCACAGCAGCCACGCGGAUCCCGUCAAGGAAGCAGAGACAGGAUGGUGUGAUAGCCAAGGAACUGUGGAUGAUGUCAGAUCAAAGAUACACAUGAGACGCGAGGGCGCAAUCAAGAGAGAAAGAGCAAUUGCGUAUGCUCUUUCUCACCAGCGGAACUCAAACCACAAUGGAAGACCUAGCUCUCCUGCUGUUUCUCUCAAGAAUCAUGGGACUAACAGGAGCAAUCAGUGGAGCUAUUUGGACGGGUGGAUGGCAACAAAACCUUGGGAGAGUCGCCUUAUGGAGCAAUCACAUAGCGAACAGACCAACUCACGUUGUUCAGAGAGUAUUGACGAAAUGAACGAGGUCAGCUCAAAGCUUUCUGAAGCAAGCUCAGUCAAGAUCAGAAGAAACAAUGUCACAACUAGGGUGUCAGCAAAGCCUCCUUCGGUAAUCGCGGUAUGCGACGAGAGUGCUCCGUCAACAUCUUCAGUCACUCAGAUGACCGGCAACCAUUUCGCGACAUCGGAAAGGAGAUCUGACUGUGGCCAGGGUGGUGCACCGAGCUAUAUGGGCUUGACCAAAUCAGCCAAGGCAAGGCUGAGUGGUUCUUCUAGCACUCACAAGCCACCACUUCAAAGACAAGGUUCUGCUGAUACACACAAUUACAGCAGGGGGGCAUUCUCUUCAAUAGAUGUUCAAAGCACCGCUGGCUCCGAGGUUUCUGUUACCUCAAAGAGGUUGAACGGUUUAACUCUCAAGGGUCGAGGCACUAGAAGAAGCAUGGACAAGGAGAACGAUGAUCAAUCUAAUUCCUUCUUUUAGGACGUGAACCCUACUUAUUAAUUGUUCCCGUAUUAGCGGUUUAGUGCUAACCUGUACGUAUUUUGUCAGUUCAAUGCCUCAUUGCUUAUUCUGAUAUCCAUAUUUAUGGUGUACAAAUGUGAAACCAGCCAACGGUUGAACCUGCUGUUCUGUCUGCUGCAUUACAAAAUCUCCGGUGUUUAACUGCAGUUAGGCUGGAUGGUUAGUGGUUAUUGCUAGUUCGGCUGGAUUGCCAGAAAUGAAUUGAUGGUAAUUGAGUACUA